AUGGCUGAACUUAUUCCAAACACAAACACAUUAAAUAUACAAGAAAACGAGGCGAACGAAGUCAUAAGCGCUAGCACGCCGUCAGAUAUGCAAUUAUUAAAAUUUACUAAUGGAGGGGUAGACCAAAUUUUCAAUCAGAAUCUCGAGGAUACCAAAGAGAUACCUGCCGAAAAUUUCCCCCUAGCUGACAGUGAAAUGACAAGUAUUGUCGAAGGACACAGUGAACCUCCACUUUCAUCCGAGAAAUCAAAAGAAACGCAGUUUUUGGUAAAGCUUCACUUGCCGAAGAGCACUCGAAUUGAAGAGUUGCAAGACCAAAUCAAAUCGGAAGAUAGUGAUAAUGACCAAACAAUUUCUGUUUACCAUGAAAGUUCGGAAUCAGAUAAGUACGAGGAUGAGGAUGACAUAUCGGAUGAGGGUGAUCUCGGUGUAGAUGACGGUGAAAUUUCGGUCUACAAAUCACGUUUGAGAAAGUGGGCACUAGCUCGUCGCCGUCUCAGAGAUGCGCAAAAUUCAACAAAAAUCACGAAAGAGAAUGAGCUGGAUAUCAUUGCUUCAGAAAUUUUUCUGCCACAUCCAAAAUAUGAGGAUGCUAUCAUAGACAAUACCCUCGAAAUACCCGGGGAAAUUUAUCAUAAACUUUUUAAUUAUCAGAAAUUAGGGGUUGAAUGGUUCUGGAAACGACAUAAAAGUAACGAAGGUGGAAUAUUAGGGGAUGAAAUGGGACUUGGAAAAACUAUUCAAAUGAUUGCUUUCCUAGCCAGUCUCUUUUAUUCGAAUCGAUCACAGCAGGCAACGAUAAUAAUCUGUCCGGCAACUCUCAUGUUUCAAUGGGUGAAAGAGAUCCAUAAUUGGUGGCCACCAAUAAGGGUGGGAGUUCUUCAUUCAACUGGUAGCGCCGUUUCAUCCCAUAGUGAAGAAGAUGGUGGCGCAGCCAAACUCGUAAAGACAUUUACUAAAAAAGGUCCAGGUCAUGUUAUAAUUACUACAUAUGAGUCAGUAAAGAAAUUUCGUGGAUUAUUACUGAGCUGUUUUUGGGAAUACGUGGUGCUUGAUGAAGGUCAUAAAAUACGUAAUCCUGAUGCAGAAGUGACUUUAACGGUAAAAGAAUUUAAGAGCACCCAUAGGAUCAUUCUUUCGGGAACGCCUAUUCAGAAUAACUAUAGAGAACUGUGGAGUCUAAUGGACUUUGUGGCGCCGGGAAAAUUCGGCACAUUACCUGUAUUUGAGGAGCAUCUCGCGAAUAAGGUGAUCGUAGGUGGAUAUCGACAUGCAAAUGAAUAUGAGGUACAGACAGCUUAUUAUUGUGCUAGAAUAAUGGCCGAUUUUGUUGAACCUUAUUUGUUGCGUCGUACCAAAGCCGAGACUGCAGUACAACGUCCUAAACAAACUGAUCAAGUGCUUUUCUGUAAACUCACUCCACAUCAAAGAAAGCUAUAUCAAGAUUUUCUCAAGGAAAGAGAAAUGAAAGAAUUUGUUACUAAUAAUAGAAAAUUACCAAAGCCUGAAAAGA